UUAUCCACUCUUUAUGUAGAUCUGCGUUUCCCCGCAAACACUCAUGUGACCGUUUCCUUUGGUGGUGGAAAAACAGCUCAUUUUUCUUGUGUCGCCGGUAAAUUAUGUGACACAGUUCUUCCAGUUGUUCUUGUUGUUGUUUUACUUUCACCACAACGCGCCGGGCUGCCGUUCACCGAGUGUCUUUUGAUGUAAAACCCUUCACCAGGUUUCCUGGACACCAUGAGUCAGUGACAUCAUUUUACCAGUUUUAGUAUUUCCAGCCGAGUGCCAUGCCGCUACCAAAUGGCUACUCCAUCAACUCGGCCCAGUCGGAUGAGAGUGAGGACAGUGAACCCCUCAUUGAGAACGAUGCAGUCCCUCCACAGUGCUGCUCGGCUCGCCUCAACCUGGCCGUCCUGAUGUUCUUCGGCUUCUCUGUGGUCUACGGUCUGCGGGUCAACCUCAGUGUCGCCAUGGUGGCCAUGGUGAACUCCACUGACCCCAAACCAGCCCAGAACAGCUCCGUAUUCCACGCCUGUCCGAUGCCACCGGGGAUGGAAAACGCCAGUGAUACUUUCCCACAACCUGAGGGGAUCCCUCAGUACCCGUGGAACUCGGAGACUCAGGGCUGGCUGCUGGGGGCCUUCUUCUUCGGCUACCUGUGCACACAGAUCCCAGGGGGCUACCUGUCGGGUCACUACGGGGGGAAGAUGUUCCUGGGUGUGGGUGUUCUGGGCACCGCGGCGCUCACUCUGCUCACCCCCCUGGCUGCACAGCUGGGCUCAUACUGGCUGUUUGCACUGCGAGCGCUGGAGGGCUUUGGAGAGGGUGUGACGUUCCCGGCCAUGAUGGCGAUGUGGGCUCGGUGGGCUCCUCCUCUGGAGCGCUCUCGCCUGAUGACCCUGUCGGGAUCUGGGGCCAACUUCGGGGCCUUUUUGGCUCUGCCGCUCACCGGCUACAUCUGCCAGACUUUAGGCUGGCCCGCUGUCUUCUACAUCUGUGGAGGUGCUGGUUGCCUCUGGGCAGUCGUUUGGUUUAUUUUUGUGUCAGAUGAUCCUCGCACCGAUCCUCGAAUCAGCAAAGAGGAGAGAGAUUACAUCAUAAACUCCAUUGGACCUCAGGGUACAGGUCAUGGCUGGUCCGUGCCCCUGGUGCCCAUGCUGCUGUCGGUCCCUCUGUGGGCCAUCAUAGUGACCCAGAUGUGUUCAAACUGGUCGUACUACACCCUGCUCACCUCCCUGCCCACCUACAUGAACAACAUCAUGCACUUUGACCUCAAAUCGAAUGGUUUCCUCUCUGCUCUGCCGUACCUCGGUGCCUGGUUGUUAUCGAUGCUCUCGGGUGUCGUAGCCGACCUCCUCAUCGAGAGGAGGUUGUUAAGCGUCACCACCGUUCGUAAACUCUUCACAAUCCUGGGUGUGUUGCCACCGGCAGCUUUCCUCGUAGCUGUGAGUUACGCCGGCUGCAGCCACAUCCUCACCGUCACCUUCCUCACACUCUCCACAACCGUAGGAGGGAUCAGCGCCUCCGGAGUCUACAUCAACCAGAUAGACAUCGCUCCUCGGUACGCAGGAUUCCUUCUGGGAAUCACCAACACAUUCGGGACCGUUCCUGGAGUCGUGGCACCUAUCGCUGCAGGGUACUUCACUAAGGAUAACACCUUGGCGGGCUGGAGGAAGGUGUUCUGGGUGGCUGCGGGGAUCAACGUCGGCGGCGCUCUCGUCUACACUAUAUUUGGCAGCGGGAAGAUCCAACCGUGGGCCGUCACAGAGGAGGAGAGGGACGAGGCCGAGAAGAAGAGGAGCAGGUCCAUCUCCAUAUAAAACAUAUAAAUAUGCAGCAAAUACAUCGAACAAACAAAAAAAAGUGGCUUUAAAAGACAUUUGAACACAUCGUACUAAAGAAGAAAAAGGAGAUUUUAGAGGUCUAUCGUUUGUAAAUUGAUGUAUAAAAUAAACAUAUGUGCAGUAUUCACACUUAAAUAUGAGUGAGAGAGGUGUAUCUACAGGACGGUGUCACAUUUAUAUCAUUGGACCAGGGCAGUUUUUAUCAAGAGUAAUUCAGAUGUUUUGGUUUCUACAGUGUUUGGAUAGUUUUUAUCAAUAAUAUGAGCCUGUGUUUCUGUUUGGGGACAGUUUAAACCCGUUUUAUGAUUUUUUUUUUAAAGUAGCGUGUGUGAACAGAUUUGCACUGAUGUUAAAGAAAAAACAUGAUUCAACAAUCUGCUGGAUAUUCACUGCCUUUUACCAAAAUCAGGAAGGUGUGAUGACGUUUACUCUCCUUCUGUUUACUGCCGAUGAAUGUCACAGAAAGUUAAACAUUUACAUUAUAACCAGUUAUUAUUAGUUAUCGUGUAAUACCUCAGGUUAGACCAAAACAAAUCAAUUUGUGAUCUUUUUAGUGUGUUUUUUAAGUUUUUCUUGUGAAAGGAGAAUGGGACCGAAUGCUUUACGAACAAACCACACAGUUGAAACUGAAAUGUUUUUUUUAAAGUGUUUUGCUUUGUUUGCAGAUGAAUCUGUUUUCUGACCACUUCUAGGCUCCAGUUGGACCAAAAGAAGCACUUUUCACAUAUAAAAAUGCACCGGAAAGAUUGUUUUAUUCAAUCUUCAGAAAGUUUUAUCCAGGAAACCAAAGUUUUAAUUUUAGUGCCACGAACUAUGACUACGAUGCCUGUUUGUCAGUUUCUUCAACUACAAUACCGACUCUUUAUUUUUAUUUUUUUAAAGAAAUCCUUUUUGUCAACAGCAAUGUCAAAGUUCACUGUGAUUGUAAAGAGAUGAUGUUUUUAAACAGAUGCAUUAAGUUAUUUUACCUUCUCUGUGCUUUGAAAGUUUGUGACGUUGUACAUGUCUGUGAAAUAUGUGUUACUUUAUUAUUAUUGUGAAAAUAAUCAAGUUUGUUUUACCUAACAAAAACUAAAAUCUGAAACAUA